AACUCCUAGAGUGAAUUGUACUAUAUAGCUUAUUACAUACAGCUGGUCCACACUCACAAGAUUAGGAUAUAACAACUAAUUUCAAUCCAUAUAAAUUCAUGCAUGUUGUAUUUGUACAUGACAGUCAAAGCAACUAAAAGAAGAUAGAGGCUUUAGGACAAAAAAAUGGGUGGAUUCAGAAAUUAUGCGAUUUUAAUUUUGAUUCUGGCAGUUGUACUAGGUUCUGCUGAUGCUGAUUUGAAGAUGAAUUUCUAUGCCAAGACAUGUCCAAAAGCUGAGAAAAUUGUGCAGGACUAUGUCAAUAAACACAUCCCAAAUGCUCCAUCUCUUGCUGCUACCCUUAUAAGGAUGCAUUUCCACGACUGCUUCGUCCGGGGGUGCGACGCAUCUGUUCUUCUGAACUUCACAUCAAGCACAGGAAACCAAACUGAAAAGGUUUCGGUCCCAAAUCAAACACUCAGGGGCUUUGAUUUCAUUGACAGGGUGAAGAGUCUGCUUGAAUCUGAAUGCCCAGGUGUUGUUUCUUGUGCAGAUAUCAUCAGUUUGACAGCGAGAGACGCCAUCGUGGUCACGGGUGGUCCGUUUUGGAGGGUACCCACUGGUCGUAGAGAUGGGGUAAUAUCAAAUGCCUCGGAAGCCUUAGCGCAAAUCCCACCUCCAUUUAGUAACUUCACCACCCUCCAAACGUUGUUUGCUAAUAAGGGUCUUAAUCUGGAGGACCUCGUCGUCUUAUCAGGUGCCCAUACAAUUGGUAUUGCUCAUUGUCCGUCAUUUACAACUCGUCUCUACAAUUUCACGGGCAUGGGCGGUCAAGAUCCAUCUCUCGACAGCGAAUAUGCAGCAAAUCUAAAAGCCAACAAAUGCAAGUCGAUUAACGCGACUACACAGGUUGAGAUGGAUCCGGGAAGCUUCAGAACAUUUGAUCUCAGUUACUACAAACUCGUCCUAAAGAGAAGGGGUCUCUUCCAAUCUGAUGCAGCCUUGCUAACAAGCUCCACAACUAGGUCGUUUAUUACACAAAUUGUUGAAGGGUCCCUUGGUAAUUUCUACACUGAAUUUGCCAAAUCAAUGGAGAAAAUGAAUCGUAUUGAUGUUAAGACCGGAUCUACUGGUCAAAUUCGAAAGCAAUGUGCUUUUGUUAAUAGCUAAUUAUGUCUUGCUUUUGUGGUAAGUUUAUUUAAUUAUUUAAUUUUUCUUUUUUGUUGCUUUUUGCUUGUGGGAAUUGAAUAAAUUAUUGUCAAUUA